ACCAUAUUUUGGGUUAGACUGGAAUACCAAAGUUGAGACUUCUUGAGUUCUUUCCUGUCCGUCAAAAAAAAAAAGAGUUCUUUCCUGUACUGAGAACUUGGCUACUCAAACUUGAGAACAGUCCCAUGUCGAUUGCCGCUGACGAGUAAACCAGUAGACUCAGCAAUGGCAUCACUAAAACUGUUCACUUCGCUGGCGUUGAUCGGGGCGGCGAUUCUUUCUCUCUUUCCUCCUACAACCGCCGCCAUUGCUGCCGAAUUCAAGGACAGUGGUAAAUUCGAAUGGCAGAUACUUUCUUCCCAGAAUUUCUCCUCUCAAAUUCGUCUCCACCCUCAAAUCCUCCUUUUCAUCACUGUCCCCUGGUGCGGGGAGUCUCGCUCUCUGAUGAAUGAAAUAUCUUGGAAAUUGGCUAAAGAGCAGGAGAAGUACAACUCCUUGAAGCUGAUGUUCGUAAAUCGUAAUCUUGAUAAGACUCUGGCUGAUUCUCUUGGUGGUGCAGAGGGAAUUACAGUUCUCUGUUACCAUCAUGCCAUGUCUUACAAGUAUCAGGGAAUUCUUAGAGAACAAGAUAUAUUAUCCUCUGUCAACUAUUUAAUGUCUCUUGCGGCUGAAGACCUUCCUCUUAAGAUACUCCGAGAUUCCAGGGACUUGGAAAUGUUUCUUGCAUCAACUGAUAAGGCUGUACUCCUUCUAGAAUCUUGUGGAUGGACCUUAAAAUUGCUUGAAGAGCAGACUAGCAAUGGAACUGUGCAAGCUAGUUUUGCAGGUACUCUAUUUCCAGGAGAUUUAAAAAGAGAAACUAAUCAAACUCUGGCACCCGGAAGGCAGAAAUUCCUGAAGGAUGGUGGAAAAGACAUGAACUGUGAUGUUCAACAUGGGUGUGGUGAAAGUUCCUGGGUUGGAGAAUUCAGUGCCAAAAAUGGGACCGCUUCUCCAACAAAUGAAGAUAUGCAGCCAACCGCUGGAACAUCCUGCAGCUUCAAAGAGUACAUUAAAUUCAAGUCUUUCUUCUCAAAGUUCAUGGCACUGGCUAGAGAUAUCUAUCUUCCACCUCAAAGCCAAAGAUAUGGCUUUGUAUCAGAUAGGUCAUUGCUUUCUUCUCUUGGUAUUGAAGAUUCUGAUCAAUGGUCGUUGAUCAUAUCCUAUGCUGGAUGUCCUGGUUGCUUAAGGAAAUUUAAAGAUGAAAUACAUCUCCAAAAGGCUCUUGAGAUGCAUGAUUUACCGGUGAUGGAGGUGCCAGAUGAAGAUGGGAAGGGACCUGCCCUUCCUGUUGAUAAACCAUCUGUUGUACUUUUUGUAGACAGAACAUCUGACUCGGUAGAAACUAGAAAAAGAAGUCAGAAAGCUCUUCAUAUUUUCAAAGAACUAGCGCUACAGUAUUGGAAGUCAUAUCCGAUGGAUUGGCAAAGUAGUGAUCUGCCAAAAAGAUCACUUCACACUUAUCAAGGGUCAGCCAGCAUGUUUAAGAACAAUAGGUUGUUGCUAUCACCUUCAUCUCAGAUACCACUGAAAGAUAAAAUGUCUAUAAUGAUAAUAAAUGAAGGACAACAGGUUAAGUUUGGUAGUGAGGCCUUAAAUUUGCAAAGUGGCUCUUUACAUGAGAUCUUGACAUAUUUGGCUGGACAGAAGAAAGAAUCAAAAUUAAGCUCUCUUGCAAAGGAAGCAGGUUUCCAACUCCUUUCUGAUGAAAUAGACGUAAAGGUAGCAAAUGUGUUAUCUUCUCUGGAAGAGAUUCAGAAUCAGGAUUUAUUCAUCAAGUCAGAUGUCGUCUCUGGGGAAAGUAUCCAUGACAAGAAUAAGGAUUUAACAGAUCAAGUUGCACCCCUGGUAGAUCAGAAGCAACAGUUUCUUCCCACUGAUGUUGAGAUUCCAUCUGACUACAGUAACCUGAAAGUAUCCAUCAAUCUUGCUAGUAGAAAGUCUGAGAUCAUGGAUCCUCAUCAGUCUCUUAAAGAUCGUGAAAUUGGAUCUGCCCCAGAUGUAGAUUCAAAAAUGCAAACUGAAGCGGAAAAAACAGAAAAUUCAGAAGGUUUUAACCAUGAUUUCAUUGCCUUUACUGGUUCAUUUUUCUUUUGCGAUGGUAACUUCAAAUUUCUUAGAUCUCUUACAAAUGACUCACAAGCUCCAAGAAUAGUGAUCAUUGAUCCGUUGUCCCAGCAGCAUUAUGUCUUAUCUGAAGAAGUAGAGUAUAGUGUCAUAUCUGUAUCAACAUUUAUUAAUGGAUUUCUGAAUGGAAGUCUUACUCCAUAUCAACGCAGCGGAUCUUUGCGAAAGUCUAUUGAAAUGCCACAGCCUCCAUUUGUCAAUCUUGAUUUUCAUGAAAAAGAUUCUAUCCCUAUUAUUACGACUGCUACUUUUUCUGAGUUAGUGCUUGGUUCUGGCGAAUCCGAGGCUCAAGAUGCAACCAAUGCAUGGCAUAAGGAUGUGGUAGUGCUUUUCAGCAGCAGCUGGUGUGGAUUAUGUCAGAGAAUGGAAUUAAUUGUUCGUGAAGUGUACCGGAGCUUGAAAGGCUACAGAAACAUGGUUGAGUCGGAGUCAAACAGCAAGGAGCUGUUUUUUCAAGAUAACUUGAAGGAUAUUGUCUCAAACAUGCCAGCAUUUUAUUUGAUUGACUGCACAUUGAAUGAGUGCAGUUGGUUCCUUAAAUCAAUGGGUCAAAAGGAAGUUUAUCCUAGUUUGCUGCUAUUUCCUGCAGAGAGGAAGACUGCUAUCGUUUAUGAUGGGAAUAUGAUGGUUAAAGACAUUUUGAACUUUAUAGCGAACCGCGGGAGUAGUUCUAACCAUAUUGCCAGACAGAAAGAGAUGCAAGUAAGUAAAAAGAUUCUUGAUGUCUACAAUUCUUGUAGGAAACCUCUGGACUAAUUGGAAAGAUACGCAAAAGCAUGAUGACAAAGUCAGAGGUGUAUUCACGAGUGGAGAUGCCAAAAAAUCUUCAGAUGUGAUGUCAAAUUAUUUUGGAACCAUUUUGCAAAACGCAGAGAUACAAAAUCCAAUGAUAUUCAAGCCGGAUGAAGAAAAACAUACACCAAAUCCCACUGUUGGCUCAUUUCUAGUUGCGACUGAACUUCUGCAUGAAUCAAACCCUUUCAACAAAGCCAAGAUUCUCAUUGUGGAUGCUGAUCAUGGUGUAGGAUUUCAAGGGUUGAUAGUUAACAAGCCUUUGAGCUGGGAUUCUUUGCCUCAAUUUCAAGAUGUAAAACUACUUGAAGGGGUUCCUGUUUCUUUUGGGGGGCCAGUCAUGCAGCAAGAAAUGCCUCUUGUCUCCUUGGCGAGGAUUUCUUUCAACCAUCAGUAUCCUCAAGUUUUACCCGGUGUCUAUCUCCUUAAUCAAUUAGAAACACUGGGCAAAGUCAAGGAAGUUAAAGCAGGAAAUCAAUCUGCAACUGACUUGUGGUUCUUUUGGGGCUAUUCAGGUUGGAGUUGGGAACAACUUUUGAGCGAGAUAGCUGAAGGAGUGUGGACGCUUCAUGAGGGCAACAAUGAAGAUCUGCAAUGGCCAAAAUGAGAGCUAAACCUCACAAGAUGGAGAUUUGUCUUAUCUGAAACGCCUCAACCAAGUUCAGGAGGAUUACUUUCACGAAAUCUGAAGUUCCUUUUGAUCGAAACAGACAAAACUUUGAGGAUGGGGUUGGGGAAGGAGGACUAAUGUUGUUUAAGUAGACUGCUUGAUAUUUUGUGUAUACUAAUGUUUAUGAUGUCUCUCGACCUAUAUUAUAGGGACAGUGUUCCCUUAUGUCGGUUUUUGAAGGAUUGAAAGAGAUGUGUCCUGAUCCAAACUCA